AAAAUCAAAGAUUACGAAAUGCAACAGAACCAAAAGUUAUACAAAAAUUAGAUCUUUUAGUUAAAUAUUAUUCAGAAUUAAACAAUAUAAUUGAAUUUUUAAAUGAAUAUAUUGUUUAUGAAAAGUAUUAUAAUCAGAUUAUUCGAAAUGAUAAUUUUAUUGAAAAAUUACAAAAAAUUUUAAAUUUUGCAACUUCUAUAAAUGAUAAUUAUGAUGAUAUUAACCAACAAUUAGAAAACAUUACAAAUAAAUUAAAUGAAUCUGAAUAA